UUGAUUUAAAGUGGUCUGGUCAUUUCUCACGUCGCACGUAUACUAUCGAAUCAAUAACCAAGUUUCCAAAAUCGUCCUCUGGAUUCAUUUUUUUGGUCAACAAUCAACCUUCAAUAAAUUAUUCUUCAACUCAUAUCACAAAUUACUGACUUUAAUCUAUUACAAAUUUGUUCUUUCUAAUCCAUCAAUAAAGUUUUCUUUUAAACAAACAGUCCUGUUCUGAGUUCGUUUCGUUUUUCUGUUACAUCUCGUUAUCAGCACCAACAUACGUCAGCUCGAAGCUAAGACAACCAAUGGCCAAAGGACAACAAAAAAAGACAACAGAGACCGCGUCAAACAAAACUGAUCACAGUAAUGGCAACACCAGCAACGACGACACUAUCGUGGAUGACGAGUACAUGAAUACCAAUUCUCGUGUAGACACAAUGACAAUGAAGAUCGACAUGUGGUUAUUAAAAGUAUUCAAACUUCGAAAACCAAUAGAUUUGUGCGGUGUCGAGGUAUUGUACAUUGAAUUCAACGAACUAGCAGCUGAACUAAUCAAUGAAGAACCACCGGAUAAAGCCGCCUUAGCUCAGCUGUUUAGCUAUCAAUCGAAAGUAGAUCAAAUGUUCAACUACGCUAAAGCAGUAGAAAAGUUGCAAUCCGCCGUCUUGACCAUGGAAGAAGAAAUGUCGUUUUCACCAAAAUGGAAAGAUCUGGAAGAAGCAUGUGAACUCAUCAAGCAAACAGAAAGAAAAUUUCCAUUCUCGGAUGUCCAUCACAACAACUGGCUUGAGAAACUAUACGAAUGGAAGGAAAAAAUCGAACAGCGAUCAGUAUCAUCCAAUGGAUCGCAAGACAGUAUCAACAGCUAUACCACCGCCGAAGAGUUCCGAGUCAAGAUCGAAAAGAAAAAAUUAGCAAAAUUUAAUGGUGAUCCCAUCGACUAUUAUAAAUUUCGACAUGACGUACUACAUUAUAUCAUCAAAAAUCCACAAAUUCAAGGACGAUUAAACAAGUUAACCGAAAUCCAAGAUCUGUUGCCUAAUCAUCACCGGUAUUUAUUGAACAGAGUAAUUCGUAACGAAGCAGGCAUUGAAGAUGCAUUGAAGAAGCUUGAUGAUUUCUACGCAUCGGAACAUCAAAUCAUUCCAGCACUAAAGAACAAAAUCAAAUUGCUACCACAUUUGUCACAAAGAGCUACCGUCAAAGAUUGGACGACCUGGCUGGAAACAGUGGUAAUAAUUCGUGAUACAUUAGCUGCAUCCAAUCUGCUAUAUGAAGAUUACAAUAUGACGACGUAUAUAUUGUACAAGGUAGAUGAUGUAUAUCAACAACAAAUCGAUGGUGACCAUAAAAUAAAACUAGCACAGCUAGAAGAAUUUCUCGAACGCGGUGCGGCGAGAAAAGCAGCCAUAAGUGGCCGGCUCGACGAAAAUCCAUGGAUGACAGCUGAUAAGCCUCGAUCAAUGAUCAGACGACCGAUCAACAAUGUGAUGAUGACGACCAACAACAAGUGUUUCUUUCAAGAUGGCGAUCAUAAAACGGACGAAUGUAAACUAUCAGGAGAUGCUCGGCGACAAUUCUUGUUUACAAAUCGACUAUGCUUUGGUUGCGGUGAUAGUGGACAUAAUGGCCGUGAGUGUCCAAAGACACUGAAGUGCAAUCACUGCCAGCGAAGACAUGCAUCACAGUUAUGUUUUCGACAUAAUCAACCAAAUGUGUUAACGCCAACCAUGUCAACAUCAUCGAAUGCUAAUAAUGAAGCUUCAGAAAGCUCAAGUCAACCGACGUUACUGAUACCAGCUGGCAGAAGUCUUCAUAAAACAUUGACCACAACAAUUAAUGGACGAAAAAUACGAGUUGUGUUUGACGAUGGAGCCGGGACCUCGUUCAUCUCAUCCAAAGUGGCACAGGAAUGGAAUCUCGUUGCAUCCAGAGCUGAACCUAUUUUCAUGGACACCUUAAGCAACGCUAAACCAACUGCCACUGGUCAUCAAAUGGUACAUAUAGAGAUGCCAACGUGGGGUGGGCAACACGAGAAUCUCGGGUUUCGACUGAACGAUAAAUUGGACCAAUUGCAGUUUCAUUGUAUUCCUAUUGACGUGCAAAAGCAGCUACUACAACAAGGUAUUGAUUUCCAUGACGAACAACGUCCGGUUGACAUGUUAAUUGGACUUGACAAUAUCAACAAGAUUCAGCUUCCAGAUGAACGACGAGUGAUACAUGACGUUAUUGCUAAACGGACGACAAUGGGCUGGGUAGUCUUUGGGGUGACCAAUCGAACGAAUGUAUUGUUGAGCUAUGAUCAAUCGUUAUCGGUGGAACCGGCAUUGGAUGUGGAUAUCGAGGAUAUUCGUUUUGAUAAAAAUCAAAGUUGUGCAAAGUUGUUUUUAAAACUAAAAAUGUUUGAAAACAAAAAAUUGUUGGCCAAGAUAGCUGUUCCGUUUCCCGAACAGCCGUGUACAUUCUAA